AUGGCGCUGCCGGAUGCUCGCACCAUCACGGGCGAUGCGAUCGCCAUGCACGAAUUCGUCUCUCCUGAUCGAUGGUGUGUGACGCGCUUGGACCUCCAAAGCUUGCGUCUUGAAGUCCUGAAAGCCGUGCAGUCAGGGAGUAUCUUCUCCAGAUCGUACAGCCAAGACACUACAAUCAGUCAGGAGAGUGAAGACGACGACGAGUUCGGGCCCAGCAUCUAUACCGUCACUGAGCAGUACAUCAAGCCAGUCACAGCUGAAGCGGGCAAGAUGAGCUGGGCCUUGAUGAGAAACCCUUUCGGUUUGGAUUGCGACUUGUUCGUGAGCCACGCCUGGCAAGAAGGCAUCUUCGAGUUUCUCUCCAAAGUUCUUACUUCUUGGCCUUCAGGUGCCCACCAUGCUUGGUGCUGCAUGCUCGCCAACCCACAGAACCUCAAUGUGGGCUCCAUGCUUUUGUCACCCCGAAUGUCGCCUUUUGCCCUAGCACUGCAGGCUUCCAGCCAUGUUCUGGUGGUUCCCAACCGCCACAGGAGUGUAUAUACGCGAUUGUGGUGUUGUUUUGAGGCGUACGUGGCUUCCGAGGAGGACAAGACGAUCGAAAUCGCCACUGCGCCAAGCGGCUUUGCCCAGCGCCGGGCCCUUCUACAGGCUUUGGUGCCAUUGACCAUGGGGCUUGUCAUUGGAGCAAUUGGUCGACUCACCCACUUAACUUUAAGGGUGGAGACAGCCGUCGCCGUGUUUUCUUCCAUUUGCGCCUUCGUGAGUGCCUAUAGUCUGCGCUGGCGCCGGGUGGCCAAUUAUUUCGGUCUCCUGGCGGCUGGAAACUUGGAGGUGCGAUGGGAUCCAAAGCAUCUCCAGGAGUUCCAGCUGCUACCCCCAGUCAUUGAAGAGAUUUGUCAGCGCCUGGUGUGGCUUUCGGCCAUCGCCUUCUUCCUGGUUGCGGAGCUGGACCGUGUGCGGAGUUGGCAUUUGGCCGAGGAGGGCCAACAGCUGCGCAAGGACUUUAAGGGCUCGAUCCGCUUCGCCUCAUGCACACGACCGGGCGACAUGAUGAACAUUUGGGACGAGAUCGGUCACAAGGUUGAUGCAGUAGACAAUGCCAUUGAUGUCCUCAUCUCCGCAGGGAUCUCGUCUCCAGCCUUGCGCUCUGCGGCGGUGAAGGGCGUGGACAUCACGGGAGCUGGGCAUGCGGACGGGGCCAUUUCCUUCGUAGUACUAGGACCGUUGCAGUUGAUUUCGGUUAAGAACGCCAUUCAGAUGCAUCUCUCGUUUGCCCCAACUCCACAAGCGUUUUGGUGGCAAGCAAUCUUCGCACUGAUUGGAGUCAUGGCCAGCUUGAUAUGCACCGUCUUGAUCGGAGUGCGCCCUGUGGACGAGCGUGCCUUUCUGAUGAAAGUGAUGACCAAGCUAUGCACGGUCAUCUUCAUUCCCAUCGCGGUGGGCUUAGGCAUUGCAGAAAGCUAUGGAGGGCACGCCGCCCUGAGUGCGCUCCAAGAGCUCUUCGUGUGCUUCCACAUUCUCAUGAUAGUGGCUCUCUUCUUUGCCGUUUCGGGCAUUCGAGGGACUCUGGCCCUGCCAGGCGGCAAAUGCAUUCUACAGUACUUCCUGGUCAGGCGUUCACGGGAGCGCCUCCGAGCGUCCUCCUCACUUUCCGAGAGCGACACGGAGUGA